GCGCGCAGUAUGAAGUAACAGCCAAUGACAGGGCAGGAGGCGGGGAUUGUCAGAAUACGGGUGAAAAUUCUAAACCUUAACGCUGGACCGGAGAGUGAAGAGCGCACCGAGUCACAAUGAAGUCCAUCCCGGAGGAUUUAACCACACUCGUCUCAGAUUUGGAAGCGUUUCUGACCGAGGUUCUGAAAGGGGAGAAUCUGAGCAAGAAGGUGAAGGAAAAAAGAGAGACUUUAAUAAAGAGAAUAAAAGAUGUCAAGGCCAGUUACCCUCAGGAUUUCAAGGAAAAACGAGAUGAAGAGUGGGAUGAGAAUGAUGAAGUAGACAGCAACAACGAUGGCAGUUCACUGCACUCGGAGCGCAACGAGCGAGAUGAGGAGCCGGCAUAUGAUGUUCAGCAAGCACCUCCAGUAGCAGCUCAAGAUCUUCAAGCUGUGUUUAAGAGUGGCUACCUAGAAAAACGAAGAAAAGAUCACAGCUUCUUUGGCACAGAGUGGCAAAAGAGAUGGUGUGCGCUGAGCAUCCACACAUUUUAUUAUUACGGCAGUGAGAAAGAUAAACAGCAGAAGGGAGAGUUUAAUAUCAGUGGUUAUGCUGUCAAAAUGAACAACACUUUGCGCAAAGACUCCAAGAAAGACUGCUGCUUUGAAAUAUCUGCUCCUGACAAACGCGUUUAUCAGUUCUGUGCCAUGUCACAGAAAGAGGCAGAGGAAUGGGUAGAGCAGAUUAGCUUUGUGAUAAAAGACAUGGAAGGCACCAUUCCUUUAGAGGAGGAGCAGGAUACCUAUGAUGACUGCGUACCAUCCAUGCCUGCACCUAUUGAUGAUGAUAUCUAUGAGGAGCUUCCUGAGGAUGAGGCACCUCACACUAAUAAACCAGCACCCGAGCCAGUCAGCAAACCCCCUGUAGCGCUUCCAGUGACAGCGGUAAAUAAGAGCACAGACUACCAGAACUACUUCCAGUGUUUGUGGGACUGCAUUGGGGACCAACCCGAUGAACUGUCUUUCAAGAGAGGAGAGACUAUCUACAUCCUCAGCAAGGAAUAUGAUACCUUUGGUUGGUGGGUCGGGGAGAUGAAAGGUAUCAUUGGAAUUGUUCCUAAAAGCUACUUGACAGAGCUAUACAUUCUGUGAAAGGCCUUAAAGGGCAUCUGAAGUGCCUUUAGCCCUGCCUCCUUGAGGUAAUCCAUUUUGCCUCAAUUCCAGUUUUUUUUUUCAUGCCAGGAUGCAGGAUUAUCACUAUGAGUGCCCUGUGCAAAGUGUACUGCAAUUAGAUAAAUAUGUUUAAAAUGUCUGAAGAAUAAAUUUGGGUUUUUUUUGUUUUGUUUUUUUUUGUUAAUGAAAUAUUCUGUAUUAAAAGUGGACUGUUUGUGACAAAAACUGUUUGAAUAACAAAUUGUGUGAAUUUAGUUACAAAUUAUGAUUAAUUUAUAUUUAAAAAAGUGAGUUAUUAAUUAAUGAGCUAAAAAAAAAAUAAAGCUUGUGUUUUCUUUUCUGUCA